CUCUCUUCUCCCUUUUUCUUUUCUUCGCUUUACUCGAUCACAAAGCAGGAUGGUUCAGUUGUCUGUAGCUAUUAGAGAUUUGUUUCUCAAUAUUUUUGUUGUUAUUGCAAACAAUUUUUGCUUGCUCUUGUCUGUAUGGAAUAUUGCCAAAAGUUUAGUGACCAGUGCAGUCGGAAAAAAGAAUAAGAUUAUUCCUAAGGUUGUUGCUAUCACAGGUGCCAACUCUGGUAUCGGUGAAGGCCUUGCUCAUGCCUAUGCCAAAGAUAAAGUUUCUCUUGUCUUAAUUGCUCGUAAUAUGGAACGUUUAGAAAAGGUUGCUGAAGCAUGUAAAGAACUUGGUUCUCCUAGUAUAAAGAUCGUUCAAAUGGAUGUCUCCAACACUCAAGCUGUUACUGAAUUCCUCGAGGAAAAAACAAACGAAUACAAGAUUGACUUAUUUAUUGCUAAUGCCGGCAUUGCUCUUGUUCCUGGUCUGGAUCUUUUGGAUCAAGCUGAGAAAGUAUUGCAAAUUAAUGUCAUGGGCGCUAUUGCAGGUAUCAAUGCCGUCUAUAAGAGUAUGAAGGCCCGUGGUCAAGGUGGGCAAAUUGCUGUUGUCUCUUCCAUCUGUGGUUUCUUUGGUCCCCCUUAUAUCUUUAGUUACUCUGCCUCUAAAGCAGCUGUUAUGACAUAUUGUAAGGAUCUUCGUGCUUUGGGUAAGGACGAUGGUAUUGCUAUUAAUACCAUUGCACCCGGUUAUGUCGAUACUGCCAUGACAACUACAUUUAGCAAGACAAGCAAAUAUUUCUACUUGAGUGUUGAAAAGCAUGCUGAGCUUGUCAAGAAGGCUUUAGAAGAAGAUAUCGGCUUGAUUUCUUAUCCUUCUCAUCAAUACUUGUCCUUUGCUGUAUUUGCUACCAUCCCCCCUGCUGCUAAAGAAGCUCUUGCUCAUGCUGCGCAUUAUUUUGUAGACCCCAUUCUUAGAAAAUUGGAUGUUGACUACUAUCAUGAUGAAAAGAAGGCUAAAUAAACCAUAAGUUGUGUAUCCAAA